UUGAAAAUUCGAUUAAGCGAUUAAUGGUAACUGAUUCCGCAUACCAUUAAUCGGAAUGUUGUCCUACACUGACCGAAACAUAAAUAGACGCCGAGAAAUUAAUAAAGUAAAAUAUCACUAUUUGAAAGUAACACUCUUCAAAUAAAUAUCUCGAGUUCAGUUCGAUCAAAAGAUUUGGUUUUCAUUUACUGUACGACAAUUCCUAUGCUAAAGGAACCCUGAUAAUAAUGAACCAUGGUGAAUGUAAUGAAAGGUGUUCUUGUUGAAUGUGACCCAGCUAUGAAACAGUUCCUCCUCCACUUAGAUGAAACUUUAGCACUUGGCAGAAAAUUUAUUCUUCAAGACCUGGAUGAGACACAUUUAUUUAUAUCAGCAGAUAUUGUUGAGACUUUACAAGCUCGAGUUGAUGAUUUGAUGGAUCAGCUUAGUAUACCUGUGCAUGAUAAGGGUUUGUAAAUUCCAAAUAUAUAAGAUAAACAUAUAAAAUGGCAGCCCGGGAAUCUGGUAGAGUCAAAGAAGGCGAAAAAAGGAGAGUACUCGAUGAUGCGGCUCGUAAACGUAGAGCUAGAAAAGCUGUUGAAGCUUUGGAACAAGAUAAUUUCCAUGAAGACCCCCACGCAGACCUGGUUAUGUCAAAAAAAGUACCUAAGUUCGCAGACUCAAAUGAAAAGCCAACUAGAAAAAAGAAAGCUAAAAGUGCUGAAUAUUACAAGAUGAGAUUCAGAAAAACAUUUGCACAGCUUGUUGAAGAAGAUGCUAGCUUCAGACCAGACCCUCCUAAUUAUUUAUCAGCACAAGUACCACCUUCCCAGUUUCCAGAGCGCCAUUUUUGUGCUGUUUGUGGAUUUCCAUCUCACUACACUUGUAUACCUUGCGGAGCAAGAUAUUGCAGCAUCAAAUGUCUAGGAACACAUUUGGAUACGAGAUGCCUGAAAUGGACUGCUUAAUAGCAGUCAAUAUUAAUGUGUAAUAGAUAAUAAUUAAAUAAUUUUCUUACCAAAAAAAGGUUUCGCU